UCUUUGUUUCUUUCUCCUUUGCAUACACUGCAAUGUCCUGUCUCUUCCUUGCUCCUGGUAAUUUGCAACUACCCGGAGCUGAAUUGCUGAAUGAACAAUGCUUGCUUUCAGUGAUUAGGAAAAACUCUAGAGGGACUUUUGGGUUAAAUUUAUCUCCGUGUCUCAGGGCUCAUUUCUGCAAAUCCUUAUUCAUGUGGGCCCCGAUUUAGCAAGGCACUUAAACUUAAAAUGUAAGCUUCUGCUUAGAGUCCCUGGAAUGUGAUAAAUGCUUAAGUGCUGGUUUGAAUGAGAGCCAUUGGUAAUUGCUCUGAUUAGCUGCAGGAGGGAAUGCUCAUGUAUAUGAGUAAGAGUUUCCUUAGUUUUUUAACUUGUUGAACAAUCCCUCUGUUUUACCCCAGUUCAGACAACUAGAAAUGUAUCUCUGAAUCUUCCUAAGUCCCUGCAAAGGCUCUGCAGUUAAGAAGUAUUCCUCUGCAGCGCUUGCAACAGAAACUUUGCAGGACCAUGCUUGUGUGAGAACUCCAAUGUGAAACUGACUUAAAGCAUAUAAGGGGAAGCUGAAGGGAAGCCAACCAGCCUGCUUGUCACGUUCAUGCAGCAAGGGACAAAAGAGUGGGACAGGAGGGCCCUACCCCGUGGAGACACGGCCCCCUCGGCUUUGGAAUGACAGGACGGACGAACGGCCACCUUGCCAGUCUGCAGCGCUAGUUUAGGACCUGGGAAACUGAGCCAGCAUGUGAACACAUGGCAGACUCGGGAAAUGUUUGCCGCUCGUGUGAGGGUAACAGACAGCACCAAAGAUGUCGUGUUCUCUCUGCAUGGGGGAGAGAUGUGAACUGUGAGCUCCUGUCUACCCGUCUGGUUGCUGUGCAAGGAUGGAAGAUCCUUGCAGGGCUGGCACUAGUUCUGGGGAUGGCGUGGUACUCCAUAUCCCGGGAAGAAAGGUACUUACAUCUUUUUCCUUUCCCCGUGCAAGAUGACAGCAUGCUGUGUCCCCCAGGCGAGGUGGAAAAGAAAGCCACGCUGCUCCUAGGAAAUUACACACGGGAUCACCCGCUGUUUUUACAGCUCAACAAUUACUUUUGGGUGAAGACCCCAUCGCCGUAUGAGCUGCCGUACGGGACUAAAGGAAGCGAAGACUCUCUCCUCCGGGUGCUAGCGAUCACCAGCUACUCGGUGCCCCAGAGCCUCCAAAGCAUGAAGUGCCGGCGAUGUGCCGUGGUGGGGAAUGGACUCCGGCUCCUAAACAGCUCCUUGGGGGAAGCAAUCAACAAGUACGACGUGGUGAUCAGGUUGAACAACGCGCCAGUUCACAGGUACGAGGCAGACGUGGGCUCCAAGACCACCAUGCGCCUGUUCUACCCAGAGUCCGCGCACUUCGACCCCAAACGGGAAAACAACCCGGAUACGCUGCUGGUGCUGGUGCCAUUCAAACCCAUGGAUUUCCUCUGGCUGGAGACGAUCCUCAACGACAAGAAGCGAGUGCACAAGGGGUUCUGGAAGCAGCCCCCUUUAAUCUGGGAUGCCAAUCCCGAGCAAGUUCGAAUUCUGAACCCUUAUUUUAUGGAAAUAACUGCUGCUAAACUGCUUAAUCUUCCCAUGAAGCAGCUGCGGAAGGUUAAACAGAAACCGACAACGGGAUUAUUAGCCAUCACCUUGGCGUUGCACUUCUGUGACCUGGUACAUAUUGCAGGCUUCGGCUACCCCGAUUCUGCUAAUAAGAAACAGACAAUACACUACUAUGAGCAAAUCACCCUGAAGUCCAUGGUUGCUUCCGAGCACAAUAUCUCCCAAGAGACACAAGCAAUAAAAAAGAUGCUUGAUUUAGGCAUCAUCAAGAACCUGACGUACUUCUGAUGGGACACGGACUGGAACUUCCCCACCGUUGCCUUGGCGUCUGCCGUGGCUGCCGAUAUUCACUGGCCCCGAGAUGCCACUGCUUUGCCACAGGGCCCCAAUGGGGCUCCGUGCUCGUGGCGGGGCUGACUGCUGGGGACAGCGCUGGCCCUGGAGGAGGCAGGCGGGGGAGAGGGCUGCAGAGUCCCCUCCACCCAGGCUGACGUGGCGUUUGCCUGUAUCGUGUCAACUCGGAAGCAGAGCACUGAAAUCCAUGCCCUUAUGUUGUGGCUGGAUCCUUUUGCGGCCAAGCUAGCGCUGACUUGCCGGCCGUUCAGGCAGCGCAGUGGGGGCAACCCUUGUGGCUUGCUGUUGCACCCAUCUCUGCCCCUCCCGCUCCAUGGGGGGCACUGGGGCCGUGUGCCACACUGUUGGACUGAACCUGUGCAGCUGAAGGACUGUCGACUUCUCGCCCGUUUGGUUGGUUCUCUGAGACUGAAGGGGGGUCUCUUGUGGUGGUGCGAGCCAGCUCUGGGGGGUGCAGCACAUGGGAAUGCUGCUGAAGGUGGAAGCCUUUUAAAAAUGUAUUUUGGGGGGAGGGCACUCUGCGGUAUUAUGCUGGUGGAUUUUUACACUGGCCUCCCCCAAGCUGCUUCCCAGCAGGCAUGGGGAGCUAGCGAGCCAAGUGGGACCAGGCGGCAGAGUGGAGGGAAUGUUAAAUUAUUCUUCGCUGACAGAGCAGAGAUGCCUCCCCCUACCUCAGGCAGUGAGGAGGAGUGUGAAUCCGUUCUGGAGGACGACGGCCCCUCAGGGAGGGCCUAGCGUGGGGAGCUAAGAGUUUGGGCUGGAGGCAGAACCAGGCUGCUUCAGUGCCACCUCAGCCGGGGGGUGAGAUCGGUCUGGGAACGGCCUCCCCUCGGUCGCACGUUCUGACCCGAAGUAGGAAUAAAUAGGGGUUUGUCUUCCUUUUUUAAAACUGUGGAUCAACUUCGUCUCCCCCUCGAUGGCAGGGGUGUUUCCUGGAGGGGAGGAAGGGGCAAAGGCGGCAGAUACCACCUUGGGUGGCAGAGGAACGCCCCUCUGGGGAGGCUGGUCCCCAGUCCUGUCCCUUCUGCCCAAGCCCCCCAUUCCAGCCGCUCCCUCCCUCACUGGAGCCCCGUCCGCCCCCUCCAACUGCUGCUAGAGGAGCCAGAGCCAAACUGUCCUGACCCCGGGGUUGCCAGCCCGCGUAAGCUCCUGCCACCAGCCUGAGCUGAGCCGGGAAGGAGGGAGCCCCGGCCACGAGGUGGAGUGUGGGGUCGGGCGCGGCGUUGGCCUCCCUGGCCUAUUACGCCCGCUGCCCGGGGUACCUCACAGGUUGCCAAGCUGCUCCUGCUCCCAGCCAACGUUUCUGGGCCCCAAACUGGCAGGCUCCGACGAGAGGCCAGUCCAUGGCCAGCCCCAGCUGCCUUCUCAGCUGAGAUCGCGCUGGGCCCCUGAGGUGGGGCUGGGCCAUGCCUGCUGCUAACACCCGGCUCUCAGAGAGGGAGAAGGGGAGGUUCUUCUUGGUACUGAUCCCGGGGGCUCGGCCUGGGAGGAGGGGCGGGGGGCAAGCAGAAUCUCCCGAGCAGGCAGGGCUCGGGCUCAAUGCUAGUUAAUUUAACGAACUAAUUUAAAGGCUUGUUCAUCUGAGCAGUGCUGGUGUCCAUUGCACAGCGAGUGUGACGCGAAUGGCCGUGUGGGGCGGGUAAGGAGCCGUGCUUCUCCGGGGGGGGGGG